AUGCCGAUCAACGUGGCGGUCAUCAUGCCUAUGGCACCAAUAGUGCUCGUCGUGCCAGGCGUCCUGCUCGUCGCCAACAUCCCAGGCCCGCUGCCAACCUGGUUAGUCAUCGCGUCCAUCCAGCGCUCGCAGCCACACGGGCAGCCAAAUGGGAGACUGCUCGUGCUCAUCUGGCCGGCCCCGGAUUGGCUGCGCUUGCUGGUGGCGGUCGUGCUGGAGCGGCCAGGCGCGUCAAUGCCGGCGGCCAAGGCGAGGGUCACGCCGCCGUGGGCGGCUGGCGAGUCGGCAUUGCUGGCGGCAGCCAACGCCGGAUGCGUCGAGGCUGUCCGCGUCCUCGUCGAGGCUGGAGGCGUCCGCCGAUCUGUAGCCGCCGAUGCCGCUCUCACCGCCAUCGUCACCGGCCCACACAUCGACAUCCUUGCGCUGCUGGCGCUCACCGACGGCGUGGUGUUCACGACUCGCCACGUCGCGGCUGCGCUUGACGCCUUGCCUGCGCUCGAAGUUCUGCUCAUGGUCGCUGAUGACCACGGGCUUGAUCUCCGCCACGCGCUCGCGCUUGCCAUCGACGCAAGCAACGCUCCGGCCGUCGCCGUCCUCCUCGACGCGCCUUCCCUCUCUGAUAUUUCCUUUCACGCUCAUGGCCCUCUCCGGCGCGCCCUCGCACGCCGGCAGAGCCCUGACGCUCCGGCAGACGCUGCGGAGGCGGUAGUCGACCUCCUCCUGUCGUCACUGUUUACGAACCAGCUCUCCUGA